AUGUCACAAAAGGUUGCAGAUGGUCUGGUGACAAUCAACCAGAUAGAUCGUCCUUAUGAAAUUCGCGGCGAUGAGAAAGUAGAUCAAUCGAUGGUCCAGACCUUCUGGCACGCUUUUCACACAUCGAGACACGCGAGUGAUCGUGAGAUAGAUCACCGACUGGAAUACCUGUUCUGGCGAAUCUGGAGCAGCGAUAAUCUCAUGAAUCAAGUUACUGUCGCGUAUCUUGAUGAUUUGGUAUCUCGUAUUUUGGACUCCGGUCCCAUCGCUUCGUCAGCGAGAUCUGGAAACACUGGUCUUUUAUCCCCAGACUCCACCAAAGCAACUUCCUCCAGGGCUGUGCCUUGCUCAGAUUCCAAAUCCAUGCCGCAAAACGUGUUAGCUGGGUCUGCGACACUGCAUCCUAUCCUCAAAAAGCCCAAAGCCUCUACCAGCGCGCCGCCGAAAACGGCCCGCCUGCUAAUCCAGCAGCCAGGUGGUGACAGUAUUACCCGCAAUCCUUCCAACCCAUCCACCCCAAAUGUUGUGGAGCCAAAGGAAAGCAUAGCUGGCCGAGGGCCCAAGAGACCACUCACCCCGAGUCGUACACGAGGUGGAAGACGCCGCCCGUUAAUAGUCAGCCGUCGCAAGCCAUCGCAAGCAACCACCCCCAAAGCUGCAGGAACCACCAAAAAGCAAAGUGCAGAGCAUACCGUCCGGCAAAACGCUGAUCAAGAUUCAGAAGAUAGAGAGAGCGAAACAUCUUACCCAAUGGACGAGAUAUUUGAUGACGACGAUGACAUGUCUUCACAGCCGGCCACCCCAAAGAGCACCGAGCGCAAGACCCGUGAUGCGACCUGGGCUGAUCAUGACCAUGACCAACCUUUUAUCGAUUUUCCUGUCACUGUUACCCCCGCAGUAGCCAGCAUCUUGACAGACGGUAGAAACCCGACCAAUCCCGCCAUCAUCAUAACCCCCGCCGGGCUUUCAAUGGAUACACAGGAUCCCAUCCUAUCCCAAGGAAUACCAACGGUCAGUGCCAAAGCCAAGCAGACUAUGAACUCGCAGACUGAGCCCCAGGACAACAGUUUAUCUGAAACGAACUCUCUUAAACACGACUUUCAUCCCAACUGGCCUGCACAGGGAACUCCCGUCCCGGGAUUCAAGGACGCUUACCGAGUCCCCAUGCCCGAAAGUAUGAUGGACGAACUCCUAGACAUUAUUACUGACAAGACCCCCCUGGACGGAUUUCUUCCGGCCCCAGCUCCCCCGCUGCAUAGUUUCAUUCAUGCCUGGCACAACCUCCCGCAUCCUUAUUAUCGUUUCGAUUACAUGAUCCAGCAUCUCAAGAUUGCUGACCCCCAGCCCUCGGAGAGGCCUUUGGUUUCCAAAGACUUCCGGAAGCAGUGGAUUAGGUUUAUGGAGGAGAACGAGACUCUUGCGCAGCAAACUGCUGAAAUGGAUCAGGAAGAAGCUGCGCGGGAAUCAUUGGCUUUCAUUCAGCAAGGUCGUGAUAUGUAUGAGAGUUCGGAUGAAGAUUUUGACGAAUCGGAAAUCAUUUCAGAGUUGAAAGAUCGGGAGACUGGGGAACCGUCUCGUUAUUAUUCCGAUCUUGAUGACUAG